UAUAAAUAAUAGACGACGUCGCAUACAGAUCUAAAAAUGUUGUUAUUGCUAGUUUUCGGUUUAGUGAACUGUGUGGUGGGCUUCCCACGGACUUACGAGUCUAUCCAAGGAGACUAUCAUGGACAGGUGGGCAUUCCGAAGGCCACGUGGAUUCGCAACGCGGAGGCAGCUUCUGAUUUUGAUGGUGCCAGAAUUGUUGGUGGAUCACCGGCUCAGCUCGGUGCGCACUCUCAUUUCGCUGGUCUGCUAGUUCAGUUGGUAUCAGGAGAAGUAUCCAUGUGUGGAGGUUCUCUAUUAUCCAACACGAAAUUGGUAACAGCCGCGCGUUGUUGGCAAAGUAAAGGGUACCAAGGUCGUUCCUUUAUCGUUGUGCUGGGAUCCAUUCGUCUCUUCUCGGGGGGCGUGCGGAUCAGCACAAAAAACGUCGAGAUACAUGCUGACUACGACAUAAAUAACUUGAAUAAUGACAUUGCUAUGAUAACUAUACCACACACCGGGUUUACCAGCAGCAUCAACUCCAUUGCGCUACCUUUUGGUCUAUUGGAGCGUAUGUUAUACGCCGGUAAUCGUGCUGUCGCUGUUGGUUUCGGCAGACAAAAAGAUGGAGCCUCCAAGGAUGCUCUAAACGAAAUAUCUCUGGAUGUUAUAAGUAACCAGGCAUGUGCCAGCACCUACGGAUCGAACGUUGUCAUCAAUUCCACUUUAUGUACAAGCGGUGCUAACGGUUUUGGCCCCUGUCUCGGAGACACUGGGGGUCCCCUCGAUUAUUCCUACGAAGGAGUCAGAUAUUUGAUCGGUGUCUCAUCGUUCGUUGCAGAACGUGGUUGCGAAGCAGGCUUACCAGCCGGUUUUACUCGCGUCACGUCUUUCUCCAGCUGGAUACGAGUGCGACUUUAAAUAUUUCCGAUUUAAAAAGAAUAUUAAAUAACAUAUUUUAUGUAUCUUUCAAGACAGACAUACUAGAUAUAGGAUAUAUCCAAUAUUAAAUGUCUUUAACUAU